UUACUUUUUAUUAUUUUUCUUCCAUUUCUACACUCAAUGCCAUAGUUGGUUUAAAAUACUUAAAAAUAGUAUUUUCUUAUAUUACUAGAACAAUUUCUUUUCCCUUAUAGUUCAUGAUGAAACAUUGACAAAACCAUUUUCUUUAGCAUUUUUGUGUUUUUUCCUCUGUUUUUAAGCAGAAGGAAAGUAUUCAAGUCCCUUCAAUUCUUGAUCCUUUUAUUUCCCUUUUCUUUUUGCAGGUUUUCAUGGUUCUAAGUUUUUGCAAAUUCAAAAUAUUGCUCAAUUUUCUACCUAGUAAUCUUUGGAGCAUUUUGAACUUGAGAAGGUACCAAUACUAUAGCAACAUUGCUAUUCUUGAUCACCCCUUUGAUAGAUUUUUUCUCUAUAUCUCCAAGAAUUUGUCCUACUAAAAUUCCUUAAGUCAUUCUUAUCGGAGCCAGAAGUUUUAGUUUAUGAGUGCUUGACCGCAAUUCGUUUUAUACCUACUAAAUAAAAUUUUCAAUGCAAAUACAACGUUUGAGCUAAAGUUACUGGAUUCUGCCGAACCAGUAAUUACCAAAGUGGCUCCACCCCUAGUUCUUAUGGUACCUAGUGUGUAAAAACUCUAUGAACCGUUGAUUCUUUGAGCAACUAACUAUUGUCCAAGAAGAUAAAAUUUGUUCACAUUCCUAUAGAAACAAGGAAAAAUGCAGAAAGGUCCAAUACAUGAAGACUUUGCUCUAAAGCAAACAGCUCCAAAAAUUGCUGGAUCAGGGGUGAUGAUUGGUGGAGAUAAGGUAACCGUUGCCUAUGACCUCGUCGAACAGAUGGAAUAUCUCUACGUUCGUGUUGUCAAGGCUAAAGAGUUGAUAAAGGAUGUAACAGGUAGCUGUGAUCCUUAUGUUGAAGUAAAAGUUGGGAACUAUAAGGGUGUGACUAAGCAUUUCGAGAAGAAAACGAACCCUGAGUGGAAUUAUGUGUUCGCGUUCUCUCAGGAUCGACUUCAGGCUUCUUUCAUUGAAGUUUUUGUGAAAGACAAGUCUGUCGUGUUGGAUGAUCUGAUCGGACGCGUGGUGUUUGAUCUCAUUGAUGUACCGCGAAGGGUCCCGCCAGAUAGUUCAUUAGCUCCACAAUGGUAUAGACUGGAGGAUAACCGAGGCGAAAAGUUGAAAAAGGGGGAGAUCAUGCUUGCUGUUUGGAGAGGAACUCAAGCUGACGAGGCGUUUAGUGAUGCGUGGCAUUCGGAUGCAGCAGCUGUGAGAAGUGAGGAAAUUUCAAGAAUUAGAGGAAAGGUAUAUCUUUCCCCUAGACUUUGGUAUAUUAGAGUUAAUGUUAUUGAAUGUCAAGAUUUGCUUCCGACUGAAAAAAAUCGCCAACCUGAGUGUUGUGUGAAGGUUACAUGUGGAAAUCAGGCCUUGAAAACGAAGAUUUCUCCGAUAAGAAGUGUUAAUCCAAUGUGGAAUGAGGAUUUGGUUUUUGUUGUAGCUGAACCAUUUGAAGAGCCUUUGAUUAUAACUGUUGAGGAUAAAGUUGGAUCAAACUUUGAGUUUUUAGGAAAAUGUGUUCUUCCUUUAAGUACUGUCCCUAGAAGGCUUGAUAACAAACCUGUCCCUUCUAAAUGGCACAAUCUUGAGAAAUAUACAAUUGUAGAAGGGGAAAAAAAGGAGACUAAAUUUGCUAGUAAGAUUCAUUUGAGGCUAAGUUUGGAUGGUGGAUAUCACGUGUUGGAUGAAUCGAUACAUUAUAGCAGCGAUUUCAAGCCAACGUCGAAGCUUUUGUGGAAAUCCAGCAUUGGACUACUUGAAUUGGGGAUUAUUAGUGCAAUAGGAUUAUCACCUAUGAAAUCUAAGGAUGGACGAGGGACGACAGAUGCCUAUUGUGUAGCUAAGUACGGGCCAAAAUGGGUUCGUACAAGGACAAUCAUCGAUUCUUUAUCACCAAAAUGGAAUGAGCAGUACACUUGGGAAGUACACGAUCUUUGUACUGUUAUCACAGUAUGUGUGUUCGAUAAUGGGUAUUUACAAGGGGGAAAAUGUUCGAGCAUUGGAAAAGUGAGAAUCCGGCUCUCCACCCUCGAGACUGAUAAGGUUUACACACAUUCCUACCCUCUCAUUGUCUUGCAACCAUCGGGCGUUAAAAAGAUGGGUGAAGUUCAAUUAGCCGUGAGGUUUUCGUGUACGUCUUAUGUCAAUAUGUUGUCUAAAUACGCUCAACCUUUGUUUCCAAAGAUGCAUUAUGCUCAUCCAUUGUCUAUCAGUCAACAAGAUUUCCUCAGGUUCCAAACUAUACAAAUAUUGUCAACUAGGCUAGGCCGGGCAGAGCCGCCGUUGAAAAAAGAGGUUGUCGACUAUAUGCUAGAUGUUGGUUCGCACAUGUGGAGCUUAAGGAGGGCUAAGGCUAAUUUUUUCAGGUUAAUGUAUGUUGUGAGUCCAAUAAUGGCUGUUGGAAAAUGGUUUGAUCAAAUAUGUCAUUGGAAGAAUCCACUCACUACAAUUCUAAUUCACAUUCUCUUUGUGAUAUUAGUCCUUUACCCUGAAUUGAUCUUUCCAACAUUCUUUCUUUACCUUUUCUUGAUUGGUAUUUGGUACUAUAGAUUGAAACCAAAGCACCCUCCUCACAUGGACAUCCAUCUUUCACAUGCUCACGCUGUUUUCCCCGACGAUUUGGAUGAAGAAUUCGAUGCGUUCCCAACAUCCAGGGCCCCGGAUAAGGUGAGGAUGAGAUAUGAUCGUUUGAGGAGCAUUGGAGGAAGGAUUCAAACCGUGAUCGGGGACUUGGCCACUCAAGGGGAAAGGUUUCAUUCACUUUUGAGUUGGAGAGAUCCAAGGGCGUCAGCUUUGUUUGUCACAUUCUGUUUAGUUGCUGCAAUUGUCAUGUAUGUCACACCAUUCCAAGUCAUCGCGCUUCUCAUUGGACUCUACCUGUUGAGGCACCCUAGGUUUCGCCAAAAACUUCCUCCAUUGUCAACUAGUUUCUUCAAGAGGUUGCCUGCAAGAGCAGAUUGCAUGUUGUAGGCUUAUAGCUAAGCAAAUAUUUGGUAGAAAAUGCUGCAAAUGAAGUAGAGAUCACUAGGAUUGUCCUGUUAUCCAUUAUUUCUAGCUUGGUUAUUUUUAUUUAUUUUUUCUUUUGUAAUUAGACUUCUUUGAAGAUACUAAUGUGUAAUAUAUUUGUUAAAUUUGAUUAACUUUAUUACUUUUUGAGAAAAUGAA